AUGAACAACGACAACGUCGGGAUGCCAAUUCCGGUCUCAACAAUUGUGGUGAGGCGUCAGUGCUACCCGUGCGUGCCCCCCGAAUUGCUUCUGCGGGAGCAUGCAGGGAAAUUUUACUUAUCAGAUCUCACACCGGAAUCUCUGCUAAACGCAGUUUCGCCGCGAGUUAACCCCGUUUUGCCUCCCUAUCUUGGAAGUAAGGGGAGCAGUGGUGGGGUGAACAACGAUUUGGUCUACGCUCUAAUUAGGGAAAGUGUGAGGCUACCCCCCGUGCCCAGCGAUAACAUCAAGGAACUGAGUCCGGUUGCCCAACGUUUAAAGAUGGAGGCGGAGGCGCAGCGACGGGCGAACACUGUGCCGCAGUCGAAUAUAAAAAAACAGUUGCUGGCGGAAGACGAAGGUGCGUUUGUCUUUGAAGAAGCAUCGACUUCGCAUAUUACGGCUGUUGAAUUUCUCCGAAUGCCUGCUGGACGCAACGAUGAUAGUAAAGUGGCGGAGCGGGAAGAGAAAAAGGCGGAUAAGACACUUGUUUCUAUUUAUGGAUCUGUCCCACGUGACCUUAAACUAGAAGAGGGAGAAUGUCUCUGGGGGUACAAUACUGGGGCAGUAUUACUUGUUUCCCUGCGUGUCUACGCGACUGAUCUCAGAAAUCGUCGCUUCUACGAAGCAUUGUCGUUGCCAGUCCAACCUUCGUUCCCUGAUUACGAGCGUGAAGUGAAUGGAUUUUCCCCUUCUGGAGGCUCGGAUAGUAUUUUGUCCAUUGCUGAGAGGCAGCGCAAUAACCUUUUAGGGUGUGGCAUCGCUACGGAAGAGCGCGGUUUUAUUCGAGGUAUGAGUAAACAGGCCCCACACGGUGUUUCAUUACUGGGGUAUCAUCCUGUUGGUGGCGUCUGUGCACUCGUGUACGAUUCUCAUAAUGACCUUGCAAUAUCUGGUGGGAUGGAUGGCACCUUAUUUGUAUGGGAUGUGCAUCAGCAGUAUCGAAGAGCUCUAAGGGAAAAAUAUAUGCGUGACGAAGACACGAAAAACAUGCGUCCCGCACAACAAUUUGCUGCUUAUAUUCACACACGGCGUUUAACUCAGCGUAUUCCUCGUGCUCAUAACACAUCGGUCAGCUCUCUUGCUACGUACUCCGAACUAAUGAUCAGUGGUGGGGUAGAUGGUACCAUAAAAAUAUGGUCGUGUAUGCAUUUAGCAGGCAUCACCGUCCAUGGUGCACCACCGCAGUACGUUGAGCAGCAAGUCUUUAAUUGUAAUGGAUGGGUACGAGAUAUUUGGUCCUCUCCAGAGCGGAUUGUGCAGGGAGAGGAUGUCUUGGUGACUGACGAAAACGGUUCUAUAUUUGGUUUUAAAGGAACGACAUUUUCGCAGGAGCCUGUCAUGCAGGCUUCUUACAUGGAGAAGAAGUGGUUACAUGCGCUUCGUAGAUCAGAAGGACAUCGUUUAGGUUCAGCAUUUUUUGAGACGCGAAGAAAUAGUACUGACCGACGAGGCUUAAUACAAUUUCCAGCACUUGCUGCGCGUAGGCCGAGUUCUGGUCCCCCUAUUGGGGGCUUGCUGAAGCCGGCUACUAAUGAGGAGGAUGCUAUGAAGCUUCUGCGUCGAGGUAUCAUUACGCAAGCAUUACGCCUCACACGCAAAUUACAAAUCAUUGGUGAAGAGGCACGGCUAGCUGUUCUACCUGGAAGUAACCAUUCUGCACGAAAUGAAAGUACAAGCUCUAUCACACGCAUUAUUCCGUUGGAGGAGCAGAAAUUGUUUAUAGUAUUGGGUUAUAGUCCUAUGGUACGUUUCCUUGAUAUGACCCACUUAAAUGUGGCGUCGGUCGUAGUGCAUCCGAGUCUGCGUGCAGCAUCCGGCGAGGAAAAAGGUGGCAGUGUUCAAGCAGCCUCCCCAGGUAACCCACGAGGGUCUAGAAAGGGACAGCAGCGGAAGCCUUUGAGCAAUGCCUCCACGCAGAAAAAGUCUUUUUUGAUGUCUGGUAAUGCUAGUGGUGGUGGUGCUGAGGCAUUGCGUUUUGUAGAUGUCUUAUAUGUUACCUCGCUUAGUUAUCUACUUUUGUUGGACAAUCGAAAUACAGUGUUCGUCUGGGAUAAUGUGGAAAAAGUGUUUCUUACCUCGUGGAAAUCCCCUGUAACCAAUGAAAGUGGAAAGACAAAAACUGCACUACGACUACUGUCGUGUGGCACUCGUCAUUACAAAAGAAGUGGGAAUUCUGGCAGAGGACGGAUUAGUCGUGAACUAUAUGGCAAAGCUAAACGUCGUGGGGUGUGUUUUCACGAGCAAGCAAACAACUUGGAGGACAACGCAAAGAUGGAGGACGAAGCAGGAGAUAUCACAAUACCGUUUUUUGUUGUAUGCAACACAGGCGUAGAGUUGUGCGAUGUGGUGAUUGAGACUGAGGCACGGCUGGAGUUUAGGGGGCACCAAGAUGCCAUCGUGGGGAUUUUCUUGCGGAACUCCCCACCCUCCUCGGUUCAACGCAUCGAAAAGAGACCCAAAACGAUGCUUGAAGUUGGUGAUGCCUUUGAAAAGAAAGUCUGCGGGGGCGCAAAUAUAAGUUCAUAUGACCAAAAGAUUGAAAAAAACAUUUCCAGUAGAACGAUAAGUUGUUUAAACGACAAGUUCAAAGGCAGCAACAGUGACGUGGAGAGGGAUCUUGGCCCUGAAUCAGAAUGGUUUAAAUAUUUCCUGCGGCAAACUGAGGCUGGUGGGCGCAUUUAUGUGCUAUCGUGCUCAGUAGACGGUGACACUUGUUUCUGGGGAAGUUCCUUUGAACCGCUUUCGGUUUACCAUCAUGGGAGUGUUUCUGAGAAAAAUUUUGAGUUUUGUACCACUGUUCUACACGAACCCUUUCCGCGCGACGGUGUUGCCUCCCCAUUCGGUGCCCCGCCGUGCACCAUUAAGAAAAAGAAUGGUGUGGGAAAUGAGGUUGAGAGUGGUGGCAAUGACGUCACAGCUUUUUACUACUAUACACGCUGGAACUUGGCUGUCACGGGGCAUGAUGAUGGUAGUAUUCGUUACUGGCCCUGUGGGAAUGAGGUUGCAACAUGUGUUUGGCAUAAAGGACUACAUAGUAACACCGUUAGUGGUCUCGUGGCGGCUCGCAUUGUGGAGCAAGAAGAUCAGUUGGGCACAUUAGCACGAAUUGGUGGGAGUGUUGUUAAAGCUUUAAUUGCCAGGGAACCAGAUGAAUUGCUCGCGUCUGUUUCCUUUGACGGCUAUUUGGCUGUCUGGGAGUACCCUGAGCAAGCCAAGGCAAAGCCACAUGGUCGCACUCGAAUUAGUUUUAACGAACUUAUUUGCCUUGCUUUUGAUGAAAUCAAUGAAUUGUUUAUUGUUGGUGACAGUGCCGGAACCGUUAGUUCAUGGCACGCGCGGGGUCUGGAGCCACGUUGCUCUGUUCCAUCACGGCCUCCGUCCCCAUGGCGGCCAUCCGCGACUGCGCUCAAACUUUCAGCUGCCGAUGCACGAGUAUUCGGUCCUGCGCCCAAUACUGCAACUUGGUCGUCACGUCAUCGUGGUGGUGGUAUUAGUAGUAGCAGUAGUGGUGGUGUGACUCUUGGUAGCAGUCUGACACAGGAAAAGGGAAAGGCGCGACUUGGACACACUGAGGCUGUGACAGCGCUAGUUGUGGAUGGCAACUUCGUCUUUUCUGGCGGUGAGGAUGGACGCGUCUUUUUGUGGGAUCUUCGUAUUGGUGUUCUUUUACGGGAAUACAUUCUGCUGCAUGACACUGAUGAAAUUGCACAGCACUGUAGAAAGGUGAAGUCAGCCGCAACAAUGCAAAGUUCUUCACGUGAUAGUACAAAGAUUAAUUCUCGUUCUACGGAGGAUAUAAUUGUUUCCCCUGGACGAGCAGUGAAACUGUAUUCGGAAAACGUGACCGCUUUUGCAUUACUGAAGCGGCGUAACGGGGACUUACUUGUUGCCACGAGAGAGGGUUGGUUGUACCACUUUGGGCAAAGCUGUACGUAUCCUCGCUCCACCUAUAAGCAUAGUUCCUCUGUGAGAUGCAUGUGUGUUCUUCAUGAUGGAUGCGCAGAGGAUAAUACCGAUCUUGACGAUGAUGAAAGUCAUCCUUCGAAGGAGGUCCUUGCAUUUGAGUUGGUUAUUGGAGAUGACGAGGGAAACAUGGCCGUGAUACGCGAGCCACACUUUAAUCCUACCUUGUGA